AUGGAUGUGACCAACUUCCCAUUUGAUGAACAGAAGUGCACACUGACGUUUCUCAGCAUGUCCUACAACGACCAACAACUGAAAUUUAUCCCCCUGAGGAAGAAAGUAGACGUGAACUCCCUGACGUCUCACGGGGAGUGGAACAUCGUCGACGCUUGCGUGGACACUGAAAAUUCACCUCAAAUUACAUAUAGACUACAAAGACGCCAUGUGUUCCUACUGCUGAACACUGUUCUACCCAUCGUAUUUCUCUCUCUUCUCAACAUCAUGGUCUUCCUCAUACCAGAAGAGUCCGGAGAGAAAAUCAGUUUCGGCAUCACCGUGCUUCUGGCUCUGGCGCUGUCCAUGAGUAUGGCGAGCUCUAUGCUGCCCCGUGACUCAACCUCCGUGUCUCUCCUCAUUAUCUACAUCUUCGUCCUCCUUAUCAUCUCCCUCCUGACCGUCGUCCUCAGCAUCGUUGUCGUUCUCUUUUAUCAUCUAGACGAGAGGUACGCAAACAGCAUUCAGGAGGAAGAGAGGAGUUUUUUCAUGGGUUUCUUCAGUCAAGCACUUGUCAAAAAGGAGAAAUCUCCCGUCACCUCGAACCAAGAGAAACUCGAACAACUAGAACAAGAACAUGGAAAGAAAAUGAGCAAGAUCCUGGAUACGGACAGUCUUAAUGAUGUUGAGCGCGAAGUCGGAACCAAGAAUUGA